ACGUGGCGGGCGCGGCGGGGCCGGGCCUGCAGCCGGCGCGGUGCCGGUAGCGCCAUGUCGCUGCGGGAGCGCAGCCCGGGCCGUGUCGUCGAGGACGGGGAGGAUGCGGCACAGGCGCUGGCAGAGCCCGACGGUUCGGACCGGUGCCUGUCGCUGCUGCCCUGGGACCGCUUCUCGGCCUGGCUGCACUGCGUGUGUGUGGUGGGCUUCGACCUGGAGCUGGGCCAGGCCGUGGAGGUAAUAUAUCCUCCACAUUCAAAACUCACAGAUAAAGAGAAAACCAAUAUUUGCUAUUUGUCUUUUCCAGAUUCUAAUUCAGGUUGUCUUGGGGACACACAGUUUUGUUUUAGAUUUCGACGGUCUCCUGGAAGGAAAGUCUCAUUCUGCUGUUUUCUGGACCAGCUGGAUAGAGAUCUACCAGUUUACUUAAAGAAAGAUCCAGCUUAUUACUAUGGCUAUGUAUAUUUCAGACAAGUUCGAGACAAAUCAUUAAAAAGAGGCUAUUUCCAGAAGUCGCUGGUCCUGAUCAGCAAGCUGCCUUACGUCCAUCUCUUCCGCACCAUGCUUAAGCAAAUAGCUCCAGAGUAUUUUGAAAAAAGUGAAGCUUUCCUGGAAGCAGUUUGUAGUGAUGUUGACCAUUGGCCACCACCAAUUCCAGGGAAAAUACUGCAUUUGCCUGUUAUGGGUAUUAUAAUGAAGUUGCGAAUUCCAACAUACCGUGACAAGCCUGGAACAACGCCAGUAGUACAGAAUAUGCACCAGGCAGAUGCUCAGAUCUCCAUGGCUUUACCAACUGUUCAUGAAGUAGAUCUUUUCAGGUGUUUCUGUCCAGUGUUCUUUCACAUCCAGAUGCUUUGGGAACUAGUACUACUAGGAGAACCACUUGUUGUGAUGGCACCAUCACCAUCAGAGUCUUCAGAAACCGUGUUGGCACUUGUUAGUUGUAUUUCACCGUUAAAGUACUGCAGUGAUUUCAGGCCAUAUUUCACCAUACAUGACAGUGAAUUCAAAGAGUAUACAACUCGCACACAAGCCCCACCAUCUGUCAUUCUAGGGGUGACAAAUCCUUUUUUUGCUAAAACACUUCAGCACUGGCCUCAUAUUAUCCGAAUUGGAGAUCUUAAACUUCCAGGUGAAGUUCCAAAGCAGGUGAAAGUGAAAAAACUGAAGAACCUAAAAACUUUGGACUCCAAACCUGGUGUUUAUACCUCUUACAAGCCAUACUUGAACAAAGAUGAAGAAAUAGUUAAGCAGCUACAAAAGGGAGUACAACAGAAACGCCCUACAGAAGCACAGAGUGUGAUUCUUCGGCGCUAUUUUUUGGAAUUGACGGAAAGUUUCAUUAUUCCAUUAGAACGUUACGUGGCAAGUCUAAUGCCUUUGCAAAAAUGCAUAUCACCAUGGAAGAGUCCACCACAGCUGAGGCAGUUUAGCCAAGAUGACUUCAUGAAGACACUGGAAAAAGCAGGACCACAGCUCACAUCAGGUUUAAAAGGGGACUGGAUAGGACUUUACAGGCAUUUUUUGAAAUCGCCAAACUUCGACGGUUGGUUUAGGAGCCGGCAGAAAGAAAUGACACAGAAGUUGGAGGCCCUUCAUUUAGAAGCCCUCUGUAAUGAGAACUUGGUUUUCUGGAGUCAGAAACAUACUGAAGUAGAAACAGUGGAUCUUGUCUUAAAGUUAAAGAAUAAAUUGUUGCAGGCUGACAGAGAACAUCUUCCUGUGAAAACUGACACAUUGAAAAAGCUGCAGACACACAUCAAUGACAUUAUACUAGCACUUCCAGAUGACUUACAGGACAUCUUGCUCAAAACUGGCACAACAUGAUUUCUACUGGACUUUUUUGUGCAGAAAACAGAAGGCAAGUGUAGUUCCACAGAAGACAGUGGCUUAUCAAGUUGGGAACACAGCUCUAAACAGUAUAUUAACACUACAAGUGGACUGUACUAAUCAUAUAGCCCACUAUACUAUUUUCACUGUUUUUUCCACUUAACUACCAAUGCAACAAAAAAAAAUCCUGUGUCUAAUAAUGUCUGAAAUAAGUGCUCUUAAAAAAAAAUCUGUGGGCAUAAUGAAACUAUACCACAGCCUAGGACCACAGUGCAGUGCUGGCAUUGCAGAAUGUUUUCCAAUUGGUGCUGCUAUACCCAAUCCUGUUAACUCAGGGGUAAGCAAUAUUGAUCCUGUAACUGUCCUGUUGAUGUAGUAUCUGAUUACUUUUUUUUUUUCCUUUCGUCUUUUAGUUUUCAUCUAGUGAUAGUCCAACUGACAUAUUAUGUGUCUUGGUCAAAAUACAUUAUAAUUGAGGUAUUUUACUGGUAAAUCAUGGCUCUCCAAACUGUUUCAGGGACAGCUGAAAUAAUCACAUCCAUUCUUAACUUUCUUCCUUCCUCCUUCUUAACUGCCUUUCCAAAGACAUAUUAAU